AGAAUGUUCCCUAGAAGUCGUGUUACACAAUUGAGAUUUUGAAAACACCACUCAGUGGAUUUGGCGCAGAGAUCGAAGGUACCAAAUUUCAUCGACGGUGCAACUUGCAUGUCAAGCGUCACCCCUCGCGUACACGUGGACGAUAGAAAAGUUGUCAACGCUAGCAAGCGACGCAGACGGCCACGCGGAGAUCUUUACCGAAUUUAACAAUCGGUCACAGUUCAUUCUGGACUAUUACGAUUUAGGUACUGGAUUAUACGUCCUCACCCUGAUCGUAACCCACACUCAAGAUCAGCAAAAAGAUCAAGAUCAGGUAAAUCUCGACAGUCUAAAAUGACAACAUCGUCCUUCUCUGUGCUAGUGCCUGAUUAACAUCCGAGCUGAAAUGCCAGUACCAGUAAUUCUAGGCGGAAACGUCCGGGUGGUCCCGAGUGGGAAACCUUUUAGAGUUGACGGAAAACACUCUGUUAAUUACGACGUGAGCCCGGACCAAGAAGCUUUAUUGUAUUACAAAUGGGAAUGCGUGUCCCACACAAAUCCCGACGACAAAUUCUGCGCACAAGGAGAGCUGUCACACAGGAACGAAAUGGUAAUGCCUGCCGCACGAGACGGUGACCGGCUGACCGUAUUUUUGAGCGUCUCAACCGAGCACAGCCCUUGGAUUCGGGCGAAGCAAGAGAUUAUUGUGCAAGACGGAGGAUACCAAAUAAACAUAGAGUGCGUACGAAAUUGUCGGAACACCAUCAAUUAUCGGUCGACAAUUUACCUUGAGGCCUUCUGCGAGGAUUGUCCCGGAAGAAACUACACGUGGAAGAUGACACCGGGUCCGCGCAAUAAAAAGGUGCAAAUCGAUUUUGAUCGCGAGACUCUCAGUAGUAAUAGCAAACUGAUCAUCAAAAAAGAGGUUUUAGUGCCAGGGGAUGAGUACCAGUUUGUUGUUUGGCGUACGACUUAAACCGCUGCGCUUGUUAUUUAUUUUAACAACUUUAGAUGGUAGGAGUUACGCGUAU